AUAAAUGAAUUAUAAUCCUAGAAUUGCAAGAGUUGUAAUAAAAAUGAGGAAUAAGGUAAGAUAUAGAGAAUAAAGACAUCAACCCAAUUCGGGUUACUGGGGACAGGCUUUCUGACUCGGUAGGGCAUUUCAGACAAGAAGGCGUUCGCCAUACAGAGAGCAUUCCUGGCGGAUGGAACAGCAUGUGGAAGAAUUUGAAUGGGGAAAAAAUUUGAUAUGUUUCAGGACUUUAAAUGAAACUAAGGGUAGAGCAUUGUUUCUGAAGAUAGGAAUGACUCAAAAUGAGAUCAGAAAGAUAAGCAGGGAUUGGAUCAUGCAGGGUUUGUAGGCCAUGAAUAGGAAUUUGGAUUUUAUUCUGUGUACAAGGGUAGGCCAUUAAAAGAUUUAAGCAGUAUUCUCAAGCUUUGUUUUAUAUAAGAAACAUCUGGGGAGACUGAUGAAUGAAUGAACAUUUGUGUUUUUUAAAUUGCUAAAUAUUUAGUGUCAUCAAUGUGCAGUAAUGGUUCUAGGCACUAGAGAUAAAGCAGUGAAUGAAACAAAGUCCUUGCUUUGAUAAGUUAACAUUAUGCAUGGAAGAGACAGACAAUAGGCAGACUUUUCAAAUAGUAUAUCCAUUAUUGAUAGAUGCAAUAUAGGUGCGAUAAUAUAUUAGAUGUUUUGAUAAUGUGUUUGAGCAGAAAACUUAAGUGAGGGAACAAGCCAUGCAGAUAUCUGGGAGAAGAACAUUUCAGAAAUGGAAUAGUAAGCACAGAGACGUGUGCUUAGCACAUUUGAACAAUAAAGAAGCCAUUGUGGCUGGAGAAAAAUGAAUAGGAGAAUAAUAAGAGAUGACAACACAGAAGUGACCAAGGUAAAGCUCAUGUAGAAUCUUGUGAACCAUAGUAACGAUUUUGGAUUUCAUUCUAAAAUGGUAAACUGCUAGAACAUUUUUAACAGGAGAGUAAUGUGAUAUGAAUUACAUUUUUAAGGACCCCUCUGACUGCUGUGUGACAAAUAGAUUGUGGAGGCAGGGAUGAAAACAGGGAGACCAGUUAGGAAGUUAUCAUAGUGAGAGAUGGGUACCUUGGUCUAGAGUGAUAGUAGUGGAGGUGAUCAGAUCCUUGAUAAAUUUUGAUGAGAGAGCUGAUAAGAUUUACUGAUAGAUUUAUAUCCUGGCCAAGCAUCUGUUUGCUUGUUUGUUACAGGGGAAGAGGAGUGGUGGGAGAAAGUGUUUCUGUUAUGUUAUGAGCUUCCUUGUUGACUAUAAUCCACUCCAAAGUUUGAGAACCACUGAUUUAAACUAUUUUGCUAAUUACCUUCCUCCCUUCUUGGAAUCCAGGUGUGAGUCUAAAAAGUCAUCUACAGAAAAUGGAAUUUAUGAAAUGGAGUCAGUCCAUUGGGAGAUAAUGGGAAAAUCUAUCCACCAUAACCUUGAGUACAGUGGUCUUGGAGGUAAUGUAGAAUGCAAAGGUCAGUUUGAGAGUCAGCAGAGAAAUCAGGGACGACUUUUCAUGCAUGUGAAAAUUACCUGUGAAGAAAAGGCCACUCAAAACCACUCCACAUCCGCUACACUUCAAGACAUAAUUCCUACCAAGGAAAAAUUACAUAAAUGUAAGGAAUGUAAACAAGCCUUCAGCUACCCAUCAUGCCUUACUCAACAUGAGAAAACUCAUAAUAAAGAAAAAUACUCAGAAGUUAAGAAACGCAGGAAGACUUUUAGUAAAGUGCCAAGCUAUUUCCAACAUCAAAAGAUUAAGAUUGAUGAGAAACCAUAUGAUUGUAUGGAAUGUGGGAAGGCCUUCAGUCGUAGUUCUGAUCUGAUUCAGCAUCAGAAAAUUCAUACUAAUGAAAAACCCUAUCAUUGUAAAGUUUGUGGGAAGGCCUUUAUUCGUGCCUCACAGCUAACUGAACAUCAGAGAGUUCAUACAGGAGAGAAACCCUAUGAAUGUAAGAAAUGUGGAAAAGCCUUUAGUUAUAGUUCACAAUUUACUCUACAUCAGAGAAUUCAUAGUGGUGAAAAACCCUAUGAGUGUAAGGAAUGUGGAAAGGCCUUUAUUCUUGGCUCUCAACUUACUUACCAUCAGAGAAUUCAUAGUGGAGAGAAACCCUAUGAGUGUAAGGAAUGUGGAAAGGCCUUUAUUCUUGGCUCACACCUUACCUAUCACCAGAGAGUUCAUACUGGUGAAAAGCCUUACAGAUGUAAAGAAUGUGGGAAGGCUUUUUUAUGUGCCUCCCAACUUAAUGAACAUCAGAGAAUUCAUACAGGUGAGAAACCCUAUGAAUGUAAACAGUGUGGGAAGGCCUUUAUACGUGGGUCACAACUUACUUACCACUUAAGAGUUCAUACAGGUGAGAAACCCUAUAAAUGUAAAGAAUGUGGGAAAGCCUUUAUUUGUAAUUCUAAUCUUAUUCAACACCAGAGAAUUCAUACAGGUGAGAAACCCUACAAAUGUAAGGAAUGUGGGAAGGCCUUUAUGUGUGGCAAACAACUUAGUGAGCAUCAGAGAAUUCAUACAGGUGAGAAACCAUUUGAAUGUAAAGAAUGUGGAAAGGCUUUUAUUCGUGGUGCAUAUCUCACUCAACAUCAGAAAAUUCAUGGUGAGAAACAUUAUGUAUGUAAGGAAUGUGGGAAGACCUUUUUUCGUGCCACACAACUUACCUACCAUCAGAGAAUUCAUACAGGUGAAAAACCCUACAAAUGUAAGGAAUGUGACAAGGCCUUUAUUUAUGGCUCACAACUUAGUGAACACCAGAGAAUUCAUAGAGGUGAAAAACCCUAUGAAUGUAAGCAGUGUGGAAAGGCUUUUAUUCGUGGCUCACACCUUACUGAACAUCAGAGAACUCAUACUGGCGAGAAACCUUAUGAAUGUAAGGAAUGUGGGAAGGCCUUUAGUCGUGGAUCAGAACUUACUCUACAUCAAAGGAUCCAUACUGGUGAGAAACCCUAUAUGUGUGUCCAAUGUGGGAAAGACUUUAGACGUCAUUCACAACUUACUCAACAUCUGAAGCUUCAUAAUUGAGAAAGACAAUGAAUGUGAUUUAAUGUAAGAAAACCUUCACCUGUCUCCAAUUGCUCUGGAAUAUUAGAAAACUCAUGAUUGACUGUAAUGAAUGUAGUACAAAUUUUGCUUCUGUUCAGAAUCAAACCUAUUUUUAGGAAGCUUAAUGAAUGCAGAAAUGACUUUUGGAAGCACUUGAAUAUUUAAAAAAAAAAUCUCCAUAUCCCUUGAAUGUAAUGCCAAUACAUAUCCUUUAUUAAGCACCAUCUCCAUUUCACCAUGUCCUAAUUGUGAAAUUGGAUACAUUACUUAACCUGUCAGUUUAUUUUUAAAUACCGUAAUGACAUUAUAAUGAUUAAGUGAGUUAAUACAUGUUUCUCUCUUUGAACAGUAUCUAAUACCCAUUGUUGCUAUCAUUGCUGUCAUCAUCAUUAUUAAAAGCUACUAGAGAAGUCAAAUGGUAGGACUGUUUUAUGAGUGCAGUAAAAUGAUGUAAGCAUUCUAUUACCAUCUUUCCCUUUUUGAACACCAGACAAUUCAUUCUGGAACAGAACUUUUAGAGUGUAAUAAAAGUAUGAUGGCCUACAUUCAGGUUCAGACAUUUGGCCUCACUAGAAGAUUCACACUGGAAAGAAAUUCUGUAAUAGAAAUUAUUUUAGGCUCAUUGAGCUUUUUUAAAAAAUCAAAGAGAGAUGAUUUUUCUACAACAAAUUCCAAAAGCAGAAGUUAUGUAGUCCACAUUUUGUACUUACUACUUUAUGAAAAAAGAAUUUAUCAACAAAAUGAUAGCUAAGAAAUAGUCACUUUAAAAAAAAAUGGUACAGAUUAUUGUCUCAAUUAGGAAAUCAAAACCAAAUAUACCAUCUAUGGUUAUUUCUCAUUAUCUAAAUGUAUUCCAUUCCUGAAAACUUGUUGAAUAAUGAAUUUAUCAGAUGACAUAUUAAAGAACCUAUAUUCCAUUAUUUUAAAUGGGAAUAAUAAUCUGUUCCCGGCCCAUUCAACAACCCUAACUAAUUUUUCCAAAUAUAAUUUAAAUUCAACUUCAGCUACCUACAUUACUUUUAUCAAGGAUUUAUGAAUAUUGUAAAACAUUUUAAAUACCAUUUAACAGUCAACAGUAGAUGUGUUUAUGGGCCUUUUGCAAUGAUUUUGAACAAUAUAAGGUAUGAAUUAUGUUUUCCUUUCACACUUAAAGUUACUAUAAUGACUAAACAGUAAAAUAUGUUAGAUACAUAAUGAAUAAACAUAUAAAAAUUGGCAAAAUAAAAGAAACUUUUAAAUGAUGGAAACUUUCCAAUUAAAAAGUUGUUGACUCAGAUGUGGUGGUCAGAACAGAAUGAGUGCCUUUGGUGUUCAGUGGGUCGAGAGUGAGAAUGGGCAGGGAAGAAGUAAAUGUGUGAGGUUCUUCCAUGUCUGGUUCCAAGGAUCUGAUGGACAGUAUUCUCCAAACUAAAGACUUGAAUUGACUGGCUAUGAACCACAUUCAAAGUCAUUGACAAAUAACUGAUAUAAAAUUUUCUCAAAACAAUUCCUAAUUUCUCUAUAUGUAAUGCAUUCUGCUUUUUUCUAUUACAUUACUUUAAAUAAACACUGUAUCCCAGUCAUUUGUCAUCACAAUAUAAUACUGACCAUGAUUUCCACUUUGAAUAACUCUAGUUUUAGACUCAGUUUUGCAAAACUAUAAUCCAAUUGUAAAUUCACCAUUUUAAAAACUGCAAAAAAAAGAGAUAAGAAUGACUAAGAACCAUUAGAACUCCAUUAAUAAUCAGUGUAAGCAGUAUGAUGCCACUGUAGCCAUGCAUUUUUCGUCUCUGAAAUAUACUUUGCUCCUAUUGGACAAACUGUGCCAUCAACGCUCAGUCACUUGUGAUUCAGGAGUUAAUGUUGUUGCCAAACUUAAGUUUUAAAAAUUUAGAGAAAAUUUAAAUAAUCAAAUGUAAGUAGACUCUUAUGUGCUGUAAUAAAAAAAGUCAAUAAAUAACAUGUUUUGCAUGUUAAUAGCCGUUUGUAGCCAGCUUCUGAUAAAAUAUGUUCAAAAAAUAGUAAUACCCAAAAUGCUACUGGAGAGAGGGUUCUGCUUUACUGUAUAUGAGGCAGUGGAUAACCAAAUUCUCUUACUGCCACUGUGAAAUACACUGGAAAAAGUCAAAUAAAAAGCUUGUGAUUCGACUGGCAAUAAAGGAAAAAAAAUUACGUUUAACCUAUUGCUUGCCAGUAUUGACCAUCAAUUCCUUGUCUUCCAUAAUAAUUUUUUUUUUAAAUUUGAAGCACACUUUAAGAAGUCCUUUUUAAAGCAAAAUGAAUGUUAGUGGAAAUUUCAGACAUUAUGAUAGCUAAUUAAAUUGGGGGGCUUCUGUGGUACUUUGUGUUCUUAAAUCAGUCACUAAAAAAGAGAAAAAUUUCUCUAGCUUGUUUUCACAAUUCUUUUUCCCCAUUCCUUCAUCAUUUAGUUCAAUCUAAUAAGGUUUUUGUUACGAGAUUCUGAAAUGGGAAUGAAUAAAUAUUAUUUCAGCACUUACGUUUAUUUCAUAAAUCAAGUUUUCAAAGUUGAAGUUUCCCUUUCAAGAUGGUGGAAGAUGGGAUGUACACUAAGGAAAGAAUUAUUAAUGACGGACAAACAAAAGAAGUUGUGGUUGCAAUACCACUUUAAUUUCUACUUUUAAUUUUUUUUGAGUUGCAGUUUUAAGAACUGUUCUAAA